AUGGACGCCGUGCACCGUCUGCUCGACUACCUCGAGACGUUUCCGUCCGACGCAGGCGCUGUCGAGCUCCGCGACCAGCUCAGCGCCUUUACCCACUACGACCUGCGCGCCGCGUGCUCGCGCCUGAAUUUAGCCAUGUCGAAGCGCCAGAAUAAAAAGGGCGGGUACAUUUCCGCGCUCGUUUCCUAUUGGAUGGCGCGGCCCCCCACCCCCACCCCCACGCCGCCGCCGCCUGUGGCCGCGGGCUCGGGGGCUGAAGUAACGCCAGUGCCGUCGCGCGCCACUUCCGAAGAACCCACGGGCAUGGAGCUGCCCGCCGACGUGGCGCAGUUCGUGCAGCUCUUCCCGCCCCACGGCCACGUCCAAGAGCUCACGGACCAGCUCGCGGCCUGUCGCUCGCGCACGCUGCGCUCGGCGUGCGUCGUGCUGGACCUCCACCCGCGCAAGAGCUUCACCAAAGCCGACUUCUUGGGGCUGUUGGUCAGCUACUGGCAGGACAGUUCGGCCGUGACGCCGAGGGCAGCGGCCCACGAGAAGGACGUGGACGACAUGGCGCGGCCAGCGCCAGUGCCGCCGUCGACUACAAAGAGAGCGCGCGACGACGAGGGGAAGAAAGUGGGGGGGAAGAAGCAAAAGCAAAAGCAGCAGCAGCAGCAGCAGCAGCCGAAGAAGAGCGUGAAGGACGUUGCGCUUCGAGGCGACGACGACCCGCCGGACAAGUGGACGGCGGCGCUCGAGAAGGCCAAAGUCGUGAAAGAGUGGGCGUCGGCGAUUGAGAUUUUGUCGCGCGUGGACGGCAGUGCCGAGAGCAUCGAGUCCAUUAGGAGUUUGAUUGACAGCGUCGUGCAUAGCGCCACGAGCGAACUGUAG